AUGUCCCCAACUGUGGAUUACUCGUCUUGGUCCCCUGCAUCGACAAGCUCGGAAUCAAACUCGGGCUCGCCCGUUCAUCCAGCCUCGCUGGUAGAUCCCAUGUCCCACUCCUCCGCCAUCCUCCAGCUCGUGGACGUGCAGUUGACGUCAUCUGUCAUAGACUACAUCGUCGAGUGCAUCGCCGAUGCGGUGUGGCACGGCCUCACUCGGGACCUGCACCACCCGUCCCACAUCGCACCACGCACCGCCUCCCUCCCCAUCGACGAGUUCACACCCUUCGUCAGAUCAGUGCUCUCCCUCGCCGAGGUCAGACCCGCGACGGUCUUCGUCGCCCUCGCAUACGUCGCGCGCGCGCGGCGGCACCUCGCCAUCAUAUCCCCGGCAUGGGCGCUUGAGCGCAUCUUCCUCGGUGCGCUGAUUGCUGCGAGCAAGUACACGCAGGACAGCACGCUGCGCAACGGCCAGUGGGCGCGGUGCAGUGGGGUAUUCGGACGCCGCGACGUCGGGCGCAUCGAAAGAGAGUUUCUCGAGGUGCUCGACUGGGAUCUGGGUGUGAGAGAGGAGGAGAUUCUGGUGCACUGGGGUGCGGUUAUGGGGCUGCAAGACCUGGAGUUGGCGUCCGUUGACGCUUCGAGGAUCGGCAUCCAGUCUGCCUGA